GGUGCCAGAACAAUUGGAUAUCUGUAUGGAAAAAUCCCUCAAAACUUGGGUCUAUACCUCAUGCCAUACAAAAAAAUUAAUUCCAAAUGGAUCAUCCACUUAAAACUAUAAAACUUCUAGAAAAAAUGUAACCCUAAACCUUGGGUUAAGCAAAAAUUCAGAUAUAAUACCAAAAGUACUAUCCAUGAAAGACCAAACUAAUAUAUUAGACCACCAAAAUAAAAAACUGCUUUCCAAUGACACUGUUAAAAGACUAACCACGAAAUUUUGGCAAAGCUAAGUCUAAUAAAAAAUGUGUAUCCAGAAUAUAUAAAGAAUUUGUGGCCAGGCACCGUGGCUCACGCCUGUAAUCCCAGCACUUUGGGAGGCCGAGGCCAGAUCACCUGAGGUCAGGAGCUCGAGACCAGCAACAUGGAGAAACCCCGUUUCUAGUAAAAAUACAAAAUUAGCCCAGUGUGGUGGCACAUACCUGUAACCCCAGCUACUCAGGAAGGCUGAGGCAGGAGAAUCGCUUGAACCCAGGAGGCGGAGGUUGCGGUGAGCCGAGAUCGUGCCAUUGCACUCCAGCCUGGGCAACAAGAGCGAAACUCUGUCUCAAAAAAUAAAGAAUUUGCAAAGCUCAAUAAUAAGACAUGGGGAAAAAUUUUGAACAGACUUGAGAAGAUACAGAUGGCAAACAUGCACAUUAAAACAUGUUCAACAUCAUUAGUCAUUAGGGAAAUGCACAAGUUAAAGCCAGAGAGAGAUUGCUACACACCCAGAAGAACGGCUAAUGUUUAAAAAACUCACCAUGCGGCUUCGGGCUCAGGGCUGGGGCUGGGGCGGGAGUGGGGGCUUGGACGCGGGGGACGGGGUGCGGGGUGCUGGGUGCGGCUGGGGUCGUGACCCUAGGGGCCGGUUUGCCCCGGGAGCCGGGGCACGGUUCCGGCCGUACUCACGGCGCCGCGCGGUGACUCCCCAGGCGCAGCCCAGCCUCGAAAUGCAGAACGACGCCGGCGAGUUCGUGGACCUGUACGUGCCGCGGAAAUGCUCCGCUAGCAAUCGCAUCAUCGGUGCCAAGGACCACGCAUCCAUCCAGAUGAACGUGGCCGAGGUUGACAAGGUCACAGGCAGGUUUAAUGGCCAGUUUAAAACUUAUGCUAUCUGCGGGGCCAUUCGUAGGAUGGGUGAGUCAGAUGAUUCCAUUCUCCGAUUGGCCAAGGCCGAUGGCAUCGUCUCAAAGAACUUUUGACUGGAGACAAUCACAGAUGUGGAAUAUUUGUCAUAAAUAAAUAAUGAAAACCUAAAAAAAAAAAAAAAAAA